CCGCCACCUGUCAUCCACAACCAUAACGCAUGCACAACGCACGCACUCAUAGGUGAUUAUAUCAUACUUCCCUGAAUCCAAUCCCUCCAAAUAUCCCCGUCGAGAUUUUUGCUUUCCAUGGACUAACAGAAUAUCACAACACCGUCGGCUGUAUUUUCUCUGAAAUUUCUGCUUCAGAUCAUGGAGAAUUACCCCCCAACCUAUAACUCCUAUCCGGACUCCGGCAACUCUUCGCCGCGGUCUCGGGAAAUCGAGUUUGAGAACCCGCCGCCAUGGGAGGAUCAGAACUUUAAGGCCAAGUUUAUGUGCAGCUACGGCGGCAAGAUCCAACCGCGCCCGCACGAUAACCAGCUCUCGUACAUCGGCGGUGAAACGAAGAUCCUCUCAGUCGAUCGCAGCAUCAAGUUCUCCUCUAUGAUUUCGAAGUUGUCUGCUCUCUGCGGCGGCGAAUCUGAGGUGUCGUUUAAGUACCAGCUUCCCGGUGAGGAUCUGGACGCGCUGAUUUCGGUGACGAACGAUGAUGAUCUGGAUCACAUGAUGCUCGAGUACGAUCGGAUGUACAGACCCUCCGCUAAGCCAGCGAGGAUGCGGCUUUUUGUAUUCCCGGUGAGUGGGCCCAACUCGAGUUUUUCAUCCGAUGGGGGGAAAUCGGAGCGGGAACGGUUCGUGGAGGCUCUGAAUUCGAGUCCGGGUCAGGGACCGGAGAAAAAUGCGGCUGUUCCACAAAAUAAUGUGGAUUUCUUGUUUGGGCUUGAAAAGGGGAUGACCCCACCGCCGCCGGUAAAAGUUCACGCUCCUGUCCCGGAAGUGGUGGCGCAGCCGUCGCCUCCUCCUCCGACGAUCCCUGAAGUCGUCGUGUCCGAUCAUGUUCUAAAUUCUAUGGAAGUACAGAGGCAGCUACACGAGUUGCAGAUGCAGAGGAUGCAAAUCCGGGAGCCAGAACCGCAAGUCAUGUACAGAAAGAAGAGCGAUGAGAAUAAUUCAGUGACUUACGCAGGAGAAUACUACGCUCAGAAGUUACCGGAAAAGGCGCCACCGGUUACUUUACAGAUGGCAGUACAACAACAGGUACCUGCUCCUGCAGGAUACUGGCCGGAGAAGCAAAUUCCAGCACCAGGGUACCCGCCCACCGUUCCCACUGGUGUAGCCCCAACACACCCAUCUGAGCAUCAGGUAUACAUGAUUCCGGCACCACCACCAGGCACCGUGUACCAUGCACAUUCACCAAUCCCUACCCAAGCCCCUGCUCCGGCACCAACAUCUGCAUCACCCGCACCAAUGGUUCGACAGGUGAUGACCGGUCAACCCAGUCAAGGUUACUACACAAAUGUCCAAAGAAUGCCCCCCGAGGUAUACCGGGAACAUCCGGUGUACAACGUGGCGGCAGCCGCACCCAAUCAUCCACCCCAAAUUUCAUCAGUGCAACAGCAGAUGAUGAGGCAGAGCGGAGGGGUAAACGAACAGGGCUACACCCAGAUUCCAGCCUACGAUAGGCAGGUGUACUACACCGCCCCCGGUGGCAUGGUGUUGCCACCUCAAUAUCAAGGUGUCGGCGUCCCCGUUAGCGGUGAAAUGAGAGCCGCUCCCGCUGAAGGUAAGGUAGUUACAAAAGUCUCACAAGCUUCAGUUUGAUUACAGAAUUCUGUAACGAUGUACUUAGUAUUACCUGAUUAUCAUAAAUAAAAUACCGUCUUUAAUUUUGAGAACAUAUAGUAUAAUAGUAAUUACUAUAAGUAGUGUUUAAUUAAGUUGGGUUUAAUUUGUAUAAACUUUGUGGAGAUAU